GUAUCUCCAGCGUCGCCCCGCGAUUCGACGGACCUGUUCGUGUUCGUACCCGUCGGUGGAAUUGGAACAAGAGUUGUUUAUGUGCUUACGGUAGGAAGUAUUCUGUUAGUUACUCGAGAAAAAUACAAUUAGUGCUUCAGCUUUGUACAUUUUUUUCUUAUUUACAUUUUGAUCCACGAUUUUCUCAUUGUGGUGUAUUGUAUAUUUAAGAGAAGACCGCGUCUAUAUCCAGCAAGCACAGGGCUGAAAUAUGCCGGAGGAACAGAAGUCAGCUGGUGGGCCACCAGAGGUAACGGCAGAAAAUGGUACCGGAACGAAUUCACCGACCAAAAGCCCGGUUAGCAAAGGAAAACUGGCACUUGCAAGAAUCACCCUGCUUGAUGGGACCGUAAAAGAUUUUCACAUAGAUAGGAAAGCAAAAGGUCAAGAUUUACUCGACAUGAUAUGCCAGAGUAUGAAUUUACUGGAGAAAGAUUACUUUGGUCUCAUUUAUGAGGAUCGACACGAUUCGCGAAACUGGCUAGACCUUGAUAAAAGGAUUGCAAAAUUUGUAAAAAAUGAACCGUGGAAAUUUAAUUUCGAGGUGAAAUUUUAUCCACCGGAUCCAGCUCAAUUGCAGGAGGACAUAACUCGUUACCAGCUAUGCCUUCAAAUUAGAAACGACAUCAUCACAGGACGAUUACCGUGUUCUUUUGUGACUCAUGCACUUUUAGGCUCUUAUUUGGUUCAAUCAGAGGUUGGAGAUUACGAUCCAGAGGAGCAUGGGCGUACCUAUUUGAAGGAUUUCAAGUUUGCCCCUAAUCAAACACCAGAAUUGGUAGAAAAAGUAAUGGACCUGCAUAAAACACAUAAAGGUCAAACACCUGCAGAAGCAGAACUUCACUACCUUGAGAACGCAAAGAAAUUAGCGAUGUAUGGAGUUGAUCUCCAUCCUGCUAAAGACUCUGAAGGAGUUGAUAUAAUGUUGGGUGUAUGUUCGUCGGGCCUUCUCGUCUACAGGGAUCGAUUGAGGAUCAAUAGGUUUGCUUGGCCAAAGAUAUUAAAGAUAUCUUACAAGAGGCAUAACUUUUAUAUAAAAAUCAGACCCGGUGAAUUUGAACAGUUUGAAUCGACGAUAGGUUUCAAACUGGCAAAUCACAGGGCGGCGAAAAAGUUAUGGAAAGUGUGCGUUGAGCACCAUACCUUCUUCAGGCUCAUGAGUCCUGAGCCUGUAAAGAAAGUAGGUCUGAUACCACAUUUGGGUUCUCGUUUCCGAUACUCGGGCAGAACUCAUUACGAAACGAAAAAGACUCCUAUUGAUAGACAACCUCCACAAUUUGAACGAUCUUUGAGUGGUCGACGCCCUACGUCUCGCAGCAUGGAUGCAUUAGGUGGACCAAAACAAGUCGAAACUUACGGAUCAGAACCAAGUAAGAGACAUACAAUGAGCUAUGAACCAGAAAUGAUUCCUGACAUGGAGCAUAUAGAUCAACGGCCUAGUCCAAUUAAAAAACAAAAGGAAAAGCUCACACGCAAAACAAGUGCUGGAACAACAUCAGCUAGCAGUACCAGUAGCCUGGAAGGAGAAUACGAUGCAGAUCGUGGCAAAAAGAAACCGGUCGGAGGAAUCGCGGUCCUACCGCCCGGUGGUCUAUCUAAGAAGAAAAAGGAUAAACAGAAUGAAAAUGAAAAGGAAAAUCAUAAUGAUCUCAACAAUUCAGAUUUGAUUAAUGAAAGUGCUCUUGAGAACAACGACAUAAAGUCACCCAGUAAGAAAGGGUUGAAAAAGAAAGAUAAGGAAACGCCAGAAAAAACAGAUAAAGAAAAGAAAGAAAAAAUAAAGAGUCCUGUUGGCGGCUUCCUAUUUGGCAAAAAGGAGAAGGAUUCAAAGCAGAAGAAGCAGAAAAAGAAUAAAGAGCUAGAGGAAUCAAUGGAAAAGAGCGACACGGAAUCAAAUCUUUCUGUAUCGGAAAAGCAAAUGAAAUCUUUGACUGAAAAACCAAGUACUGAACAAACAAAGGCUAGUCCAGAACCACCGCAACUCCCCAGUUAUACAAAACCUUAUGAUUACGAAGAAACAGAAGCUUCUCCAACGAAAAAACCUUUCACACCGUAUGGAUUUUCAUACGAGGAUAGACCGGCAUCUCCUGAAAUACAAAAUCAGCAGUCACCAACUGCUGCGAGUCGAAAAGCUACGGGCUUAGCUUUUAAUUAUGCCCCAGGUGAGGAGAAAAAGGUAGCUGAAUCAGCGGAAAAAAGGAAAACCAAAGAAGCUGAAACUAAACCACCGUCGGGAUUAAAAACUCCUGGUCUGAAUUAUGUGGAAUCUGCCGGUUUGAAAGAACAGCAAAAAACUGCAUCCAGGCCGGAUUUGGAUAAGGAUGCAUCGACGAUGCUUAUCGCUGCUGAAAAAGAUGCUGGAUGUCAACCGAGUGUUGUUCAACCGAUCCCUGCAGAAUCGAAACCAGAGUACCAUAUUUUGCCACUUCCAGAUGGUUCUAAAAUUAUAGGGGGUGUUAUUUAUACCAAAGACGGUAAAUUAUUAGAUCAAAACAGUAUCGGGCCGGAAAAUUGCAAAGUAUUGAACGGAAAAAUUCAUACAAAGGAUGGUAAUUUGGUUAAAAAAUCCGAAUUUGGUCCACAUGGGAUCUACAUUAAUAACGGUAUAGUCACGACUAAAGAUGGCAAACCGGUGAAUCAAGAGGUCUUAGGUGUUGAGACAAAUUUCAUUAAAGAUGGUGUUAUAUAUGGUUCAAAUGGACAAGUACUCGACGAGUAUUUACUAGGACUAGAACAUGCCCAAGUCAAGGAGGGGAAAGUUGUGAGGAAACAUGGAAAACCAAUAGAAUAUCAUAAAUUAGGUACUAAUGGAACAUACAUAAAAGAUGGUCUUAUAUUUACUUCCGAUUCUAAACCACUUACGCAAGGAUCAUAUGGUAUAAAUAGAAAUUACAUUGUUGCUGGAAUAGUAUGUAAUGACAAUGGAAAACCCUUGAAUCAGUUUGUUUUAAUACCCGAUGAAACUUACAUCUGUGAUGGAUUAAUUUAUGGACGAGACGGAACUGUAGUAUCGGGUGGUAUCUUAGGUCAUGAUGGUCAUUAUGUAGCAGAUGGAAAAAUUUACUCCAAGGAUGGUAAACCAGUAAAACAUGAAUCCUUUAGUUCAGAUGGGUCUGUUAUAAAAGAUGGUAUAAUUUACUCGAAAGAUGGAAAGUUCUUAAAUCAAGGAUCUUUACUUCCUUGUGGUGCUCAUUUAAAGGAUGGAAAAGUUGUUGGUAAAGAUGGGAAAACAAUCAAACAUGCAUUUUAUAACCUUGAUGGAAGUUUCAUAAAAGAUGGUAUUAUAUACAGUAAGGAUGGUAGACCUUUAAGUCAGAUUCCUUUAAUGGCUGAUGGAAGCUUUAUCAAGGAAGGAAUGGUGCAUGACAAAAGUAAUAAGCCACUUUCACAGAGUCUUUUCAAGCCAGAUAACAUUAUAAUUAAGGAUGGUAUAGUUUAUGACACAAAUGGAGUAACAUUAUCAGAAGCUAUGCUGGGACCAGAUGGCCUAAUGAUAAAAGAUGGAAUGAUAUACGGAAAAGAUGGUAAACCUGUUAAACAAGAGUCUUUUGGUUCAAAUGGAAGUUACAUAAAAAAAGGUAUCAUUCAUUCAAAAAGUGGAAAGCCUCUUAAUCAGGAUUCAUUGAUACCCGAGGGUACAUCUAUCAAAGAUGGUAAAUUAUAUAAUAAAGAUGGAAAGUUAUUAAAGUUUUCAUUUUUCAAGCCAGAUGGAAGCUAUGUUAAAGAUGGCCUUGUAUAUGGUAAAGAUGGUAAACCUUUGAAUUUAUGUUCAGCACUUCCAGAAGACAGUUUUAUUGCAAAUGGAGUAAUUUUUGAUUGUAAUGGUACACCUAUGGCUAGAAGUAUGUUUGGAUCUGAUGGUUCGUACGUUGCCGGCGGUAUGAUUCACAACAAAGACGGUAAAAUGAUUUCAGAAGGUGUUUUCGGACCCGAUGGUAAUAUUAUCAAAAAUGGCUUGAUUAUUGGAAGAGAUGGUAAACCCUUGACUCAAGAUGACAAAGGGCCAGAUAAUUUAGCAGUGAAGGAUGGAAAAGUGGUUGAUAGUCAAGGAAAUCCUACAAACUUGGCAUCGCUUGUUCCAGAUGGAUGUUAUAUUCAAGAUGGUGUAGUUUAUGAUAAGAAUCAGAGUCCUCUAAAACAAGGAGCAUUUAAACCUGACGGUACUUAUAUCAGAGAUGGUCUUAUAUAUGGAUGGGGUGGACAAUUACUGAACAUUGGCACUGAAUUACCUAAUGGAAGUUACGUACAAGAAGGCAGAAUUUAUGGGAAAGACAAGCAGCCUCUGGAUCAUAGCUCAUUUGGUACUGAUGGAGGAUACAUUGCUAAUGGUUAUAUUUAUGGAAAAGACAGGCAAUUACUUGCUCAUGGAACAUUUGGAAACGAUGGAAGUUAUAUAAAAAAUGGAUUAUUAUAUGGAGCAAAUGGCAACCCAUUAAACCGUAAACAAUCGGUAAUUUCUAUUACACUCGUUCGUUAUGGUUUAGUGUAUGGUACUGAUGGUAAACCACUGAAGUCUGGUAAUUUUGAUACAAAUGGAAGUGUUGUUAAAGAUGGAAAACUUUACGAUAGUGCUGGUCAACCUUUAAAUCAGGCUUCUUAUAGAAAUGAUGGAAGCUUCAUUAAAGAUGGUCUUAUUUAUGGAAAUAAUGGAAAACCAUUGUCUCAAGGUAAUCUACCUCCUGAAAAUAGCUUUAUUAGAAAUGGAAAGAUUUAUGAUCCAAAUGGACAAUUAUUAACACAAGAAGCAUUUGGACCUGAAGGUUUGAAAAUAGUGCAGGGAGUUGUCGUAGACAAGACUGGUAAACCCCUAAAACAAGGAAACUUUGAUACAGAGGGGAACAUUAUUAAAGAUGGUAUUAUUUGUACAUCAGCAGGCAAGCCUCUUGAGAAAUAUUUCACUGUAAUCACACUUAGCUUAGUCCGCAAUGGUUUGCUUUGUGACAAAGAUGGAAAACCUGUUAGACAAGCACCAUAUGGAAAUGAUGGAAGUUAUGUUAAGGAUGGAAAGAUCCAUGACAAAUUUGGCAAACUAAUGAAUCAAGAAAUCUUUGGAGAUGAUGGAGCCUAUUUAAAAGAUGGUGUUAUCUUUGAUACUUCUGGAAAACCUUUAGACAGUGAUACAAUUUUGAAAGAUAUGCAAGAUGCAACAAAACCAACUGUUUCAAAAACAAAAAGAAUUUCUACUACAAACACUACUCCAACAAUAGUGAAAACAACAACUAAACAAUCAGUAGUAAAGGAUCAAGAGGGUGUGACACGAAAUAUAGAAGAAAAAGUUGAAGAUCUUACACCUGGAGGCACAGGCCAAGUAACAGUUUCUACACAAAUGAACAAGGCAGAGGCACCAGAUGAUGGUAGAACUCCAUAUAUGACGGCGACUGCUGUCACCACACGUACCGCUACAAUGCACGAGGAUCUUGAAAAAAAUCAAAAGACUAGCCAGGUAGAGGAAAAGACUGUAGCGCAUACAACAGCAACCAGUGCAACAAGACAAGAGCAGAGAGUAGUAACUCAAGAAGUUCGAACAACCAGUCAUGUACUUUCUGGUGAACAGCUGUUCUCACGAAGGCUCAGUACAUCAAGUUCAAGCAGUGAUGAUUCAGGUACUCCAAUUGACCUUGAAGAUGAUCAGCAGGCUUUCUACAAUCAGUACUAUCAGGGUGAUCAAGCUGGUGUUGUUGAAACUGAAGCACAUGUUUAUAAAGGAGAACCAGAACAUAAUGUGACUACAACUACUACAGUUCCGCUGGUAGCAACUGAAACCAGGAAAGUAGCUGUUGAAAGUGAAGACGGCAUGUACAGUGCGACUGGAGAAAUAGUUAGUUCUCAAACAAUAUCGAGUAAGACCCGUACAGUUGAGACAAUAACGUACAAAACUGAAAGAGAUGGAGUUGUAGAAACGCGCGUAGAGCAAAAAAUAACAAUACAAUCUGACGGCGAUCCAAUUGAUCACGAUCGGGCGUUGGCAGAGGCAAUCCAAGAAGCUACUGCUAUGAAUCCUGAUAUGACAGUAGAGAAAAUAGAAAUUCAACAACAAACAGCACAGUAACCAGAUUUAAAAACAGUUUUGUAAGAAAUUAAGGGCACUCUCAAAUCUAAAUGCUUAAAAUUCUGAAAACUAGAAAAUUAAAUUGAUAUUCUCUGUAUUAUACAUUAACAUGCAUUCUUCAAUAUUGCAUGGUAAAUAAUCGAAUUGAAUCUUUCUAUUGUCAUCAAUUAUUUAAGCAUUUUGCCAGGAAAGGGCAAGUUAAAAAAAAUUGGAAACAUUAUUUCUUAGCAAAUGUUAUCCAAUAAUAUGAGCUUGAACUUGAUUGAAAAUCAAGUUACUCCAAGAAAAGUAUAAGUGAUGUUUUCUUCUAAGAAAAAAAAGAGUUACGGUACCUCGUACCGUAAACUGCAGUGUUCAUAUUCAAAAUAUGUAUUAUUUACAUAUACAGAGGCAUAAAUAAAUAUAUAUUAUACAUGUUAUGUAUACAUAGCGCUGUAUGUACGUAAACUAACCAAUUUGUUCAUAGUUAUAUAAUAAUAAGGCAGAGUGCCCUAUAAACUUACAUUACUGUUUGAUAGUAAAUACAAUGAUAUUCAUGCAGUGUCUCGUGUAAUAAGUAUAGUAUGUCAUUUAUAUAAAACUUGUUCAAAUG